AUGGAUGGUGCAGGUGCAGCAGGCCGAGAGGAAAAGGAAGGGACGACAGAGAAAGUUAUUGACAAGACAACAGCGGACAGCGCAAAUGUUUCAGUCGACUUCGCAACUCGAAUUCCCGAUGAAGGCCGGGAUAUUGGGAGUGGGAAGUCGCUUUUGAAAAGUCCGGCGUCAGAGGGUGGGCGGGCAGUGGAGAAACGCCGGACGUACCUAUAUGCGGUUGAGUGCUGGGACUCGGAUAUCAAGGGCAGCACUGGGAUUGAGACGGCUUCGUGUCAGACAAUUGGGGGUGCGGUGUGCCUGGGGAUAAGCGUUCGGAGGGUUGGGGCGGCGACCAAGCGAGAGCCAACCACGGCGCAGCAGCGGGCAGGGGCCCUGGACGACUGGCGGCGCAGUGACGGGUACCGAAGUUCAGCGACGACGGUCGAAUUAUCCUCACCUGCCCGGAAGAACUGGGAUCAAUGGCCUCAAUCAAUUCAGCAGCCUGACGACACCCACCCCCCUGAUCUCUCCCCGCGCAUCAAUUCCGAAGGGUGUGGCUGGCAGUUCAUCUGGUUGUCUGGUUGUCUGUUGGACACGGCUCCCCGUUCACCGCCCGAAUUGGUGGCUUGGGCGACGCUCGGUCUUACCCCAACAAUCCAGCAAGCGGGCAGGGACCUCAACACCGAGCAGCGCAGGGAGGCCAAAACUUCGGGAAGCGUCACCAGCGGUCCUCCUCCCUUCCAUUUCCCACUGCACCUGCCCGCACUACCUGCCCCCCCCCCCGUCCACUGGCAUCCGUCAAGAAAAGGUCUGUCCCGCCGUCUGUUAUCUUGCUCGUCCAUCCUCUCCUUCCCCCGCCAUCUCGCCCCUGAGCCCUCACGUCAGCUUGAGCCUCCAUCGCCGCCGGACACAGCUGUCUCCAAUUCCGAAAUCUGGUCACUGACAGUCAUUGAGCUUAGAUUUAACUCCCCGUCUCUGUUCUAA